AUGGCAGGACGACAAUCCCAUGGGCGCGCGCCUGAUAAGAAGCCCAAGGCUAGAGCUUCGAAGAAAAAUAGAUCCCUAGAUGCUUUUGCGAUUGCGAGCCACGAAAACCCCGAUCGAGUUAAAGUGCGGCAAAGUCGACUCGGUGCCCAGGAAGGCGGGGGCUCGAGGUCGAACAAACGACGAAGGGACGAACGAGAUGAAGAUGGGGGGGAAGAAGAUGAAGAGCAAAAUUUGAAAAAGCCCAAGGUCAAGAAGGGACGCUUCGACGAACUGGAUGUGGACGAGGGGAGUGACAGUGAGGGAAAUGAGUGGAAGCUGGGCCAAGUGGAUAGCGAGGACGACAGUGAACUGGACAGUGACGAUGCAUUUGGGGAUAGUGAUGAGGACAGAUUCGAAGGUUUUACCUUUGGCGGAAGCAAAGAUAAGAUCAAGAAACCCAAGAGAGAGAGAGACGUCAAUUUGGACGAGGAGGAAGAAGAGGACUCGGAUUCGGAGCUUGAGGAAGGAGAUCUCGGCGAGGAUGCCAUCGAUAUGUCUACGUAUUUGGACCAAGUCCUGGAGGAGGAGAAAGAAGAUCGCGAGAACGCUGGGAAAGCCAUGGCACAAGGGCGGGCAAAAGACUCUGAUGGCGACGAGGAAAUGGCUGGCUCCGAAUCUGAAGACGACGAUAGCGAGGGGAGUGACGAGGUAUCCUCUGAUUCCUCGAGCGAUGACGAUGACGACACUCUGGAUCCGCAAAAGCUAGCUGCUCUUGAUAAAAUGAUUGCAAACAUCUCAGGAGAGCGAGAAUACAAGGAGGCCGCUGCCAAGCGGCGAAACGAGUAUGAAUCCUCUUCGAAUGCGAUACCUACAUCAGGAUUUGCCCGGAGCAAGAAAAAGCCAUCAGAGGAUGUCGACGUGGCCAUGAGCGAACCAAAGGCCGAUGAGUCCAAGAUAGCUUCCAAGAAGAAGCUUGUCACUUCUCAGGUCCCUCUCGAAAGGCGCCAACAGGACCGAUUAGAUCGCAGUGCUGCCUAUGAUAAGAGCAAGGAGACUUUGGACAGAUGGACAGACACCGUCAAGCAUAACCGGCGAGCCGAUCACCUCAUGUUCCCUCUACGUGAUAAUGGAAUUGCAUCAGCACACGCAAACAAAUCUCUCGUGCCCACGAAUCUUUUCAAGCCUUUCAAUGAGCUUGAAGCUACUAUCCAGAGUAUUCUAGAAGAGAGUGGACUGGCUGCAGCAGAUGGGAAGGAUGACGAGGAUAAGAUUCGAGAAUUCGAAGAGCUUGAGACACAGAAGCUUGAUAUUGGAGAGGUCAAGGCACGUAGAGACCAGCUCCGGAUGGCGCGAGAAUUGAUGUUCCGUGAAGAGGCGAAGUCUAAGCGCAUCAAAAAGAUCAAGAGUAAAUCAUAUCGCAAGGUCCACCGUAAACAGCGAGAGAAGCAGGAUCGUCUCGAGAAGGAAGCUUUAUUGGAAGGCGGAUUUGAGCCUUCUGAGGACGAGAUGGAGAAGCAGGAUCGACGACGAGCCGAGGAACGAAUGGGUGCCAAGCACAGAGACAGCAAGUGGGCAAAGGCUAUGAAAGGGACUGGCCGAGCUGCUUGGGAUGAGGAUGCCAGGUCAGGGAUCACCGAGAUGGCUCGCAGGGAUGAAGAACUCCGAAAGAGAGUUGAAGGACGAGCUGUGAGAAAGGAGUUUGAGAACGACUCUGAUGAAUCCCUUAGCGACUCUGACGAUGAUUCCAACGAGGAUGAUAAUUCCGGAACUCGAAAGCGCCUUCUGCAGAAGCUGCGAGGUCUGGGAGACUCGGACCUUGUCGACGAAUCUCUUCCUGGGGCAAGGCUGGCAAAUAUGGAUUUUAUGCGCAAGGCGGAUGCAGCGCGGAAGAAGCAAAACGAUGCUGCAGUCGAAGAGCUGAGACGAGAACUUGCGGGAGAGGAGUCUUCUGGUAGUGAAGAAAUCGAUGGAGAUGUUGGUCGACGCACUUUCGGACCCGGGAGCCAUUCCACUUCGCAAGAGAAGUCCGUGAAGUUGGACGAGUUCGAGGAGGCACAUGGAUCGGAGAAUGAGGCUGAGCCCGAGUUACAAAUCAACAGCAACGAUAAAUCGAAGAGUUCUAGGCCUUCGGCCCGGGAAGAGUCUAGACUCGCCGCCGUUAAGCCUCUAUCAAAUUCGCGACCAGACCCGAAAACCGAAGGUGGAGCCUGGUCCAAGGUCACCACGAAAUCCGGAGUCGUUAGCGAAGCAGAAGCCAGGCGUCGUCGCCACAAGAAAAAUGAUGCUAUUGAGGUGGAAGAGCUCGAUCUCUCCCUAGCAGCGGUCAUUACCAGCAAACCCAAACCCAAAGUCGCAAAAAAGCCCACCCAGAAAUCCAAAGCUCCUGGCCAAAAAUCCACUAUUCUCGACGAUGCUGUCUCGGAUUCAGAUUCCGCCGAGGCCGACCAUACCCCUGGCCACCUUCCCUUUGCAAUCCGCGAUCACGAACUUAUAAAGCGAGCUUUUGCAGGCGCAGAUGUCGUAGGCGAGUUCGAAGCAGAGAAGAGACAGACUAUUGUGGAUGAAGACGAGAAGAUCGUUGAUGACACACUUCCCGGGUGGGGGAGCUGGGUUGGCGAUGGCUUGAGUAAGAAGGAAAAGGCAAGGAACAAGGGGAAGGUUUUGAGGAAGGUGGAUGGAAUCAAGGCGGACAAGAGGAAGGAUGCGAAGUUGGAGAAGGUGAUCAUCAAUGAGAAGAGGAUCAAGAAGAACAUGAAAUACCUGGCCACGACGUUGCCGCAUGAGUUUGAGACGCAGCGGCAGUAUGAGAGGAAUCUAAGAUUACCGAUUGGGCCACAGUGGUCGACGAAGGAGACGUUCCAGGAUGCGACCAAGCCGAGGGUCAUGGUUAAGCAGGGCAUUAUAGCGCCAAUGUCCAAACCUCUUUUGUAG